CUUCAACUUUGAUUUUUACAUACGUCUUAUCUCUGACAUUUAGUUUACAAACGUGAGAACUAGAAACGGUCGCAAAAUUGAGGCAACAAUGUAUGUUUUCAAUUUUUUGGUUAUUGUGUGUGUAAUCUUGGUUACUAAUUUACAUACGUGCCUUGUAAAAGCUCUAGAAAAGGAAAUGACAGUUAAUAUUGAUGCUGGAAAGGAAGAAUGCUUUUAUGAGAAUGUUAAAGACGGUCAACUGUUGGAGGUGGAUUAUCAGGUUAUAGACGGAGGUCAAGGAGAUCUAGAUAUAAAUUUUCGCUUAUAUGCCCCAACAGGACGUACUAUAGUGGCUGAUUAUAAGAAGGCGGAUAAUACACAUAGGAUAGUCGCUGUAGAGGCUGGAGAUUACAGAAUGUGUUGGGAUAACAAGUUCAGUACAUUUAGUAGCAAAACAGUCUUCUUUGAAAUUCUAGCUGAUUACGAAGGCCAAGCUAGUGAUCCUUGGAAUGAUGCAUUGGAAAAUUAUGAAGGCUUGAGUCCGGAAGAAGUAUAUGAUGUCGAAGCUCAAUCUAUAGAGGAAAUAAUACUCAGAGUUCGCUCAAAUCUAAAGAAGGUGCAGCAUCUCCAAGAACAAACUCGUGCAUUUGAAGCAAGGGAUCGAAAUGUAGCAGAGAGCAAUUAUGUUCGUGUAAAUGUUUGGUCUGUUAUACAGAUUAUUGUAAUGCUUGUGGUUGGAUUUAUUCAGGUUGUUAUGGUGAAGAGCCUCUUUGAUGACAAAUCUUGCCUACAUCAAAUAUGGAAAAAGGUUUAUUCUUCUUGAAUUCCAUGCUUUCCAUGUGUGCUGCUCCAACAUUUCUUUUGGUUUUUAGUAUAUGGAACAUGCAGUCUGUGUAGCAGUUUGAUGUGGACUUCAGGAUUUUAAUGUGAAGACUGCAGAUCAUCUAUAGCACCUCCAAUUAUAUUUGAGUUAUCAGUUGAACAGAAUUUGGUUGAAAGAAAGAGUUGGAGUACUAUUAAGAGACAUAGUGAAGGCCCUUAAUUCCCAGUGUAUCAAUGCCACAAGUAGGUGGGACAAAUGUCCACCUUCAAAGAUACAACCAGUUGUUCAGUGUUAUUAAUAAGAAAUGCAUUCAUAAAAUACAACAUUUUAGAUUGGU